GGUUCAGUGUGCCAGCUACUGGUGAUGAUUAGUGCCCUUGACUUUAUAAUCUGCAGACUGGGUCGGGUGCAGCUGCUGGAGGUGCAGACUGAGAGUUACAGAAGUCUCUUAUAGGCAAAAAUCAAACAAGCAACAAUGGGAAUUGAGAAAAUGGAAAUGGAAGACACAGACUCUACUCUGAUGCAGAAGGGCAAGAAGCCGCCUGUAUCCAAACCUCCCAACAAAUACGAGACACUGUUCCAGCCCUGCCUGGCCGAGAUAGUGGGGACCAUGUUCUUCGUUUUCAUUGGCUGCGUGUCUGUCAUUGAGAACGUGCCAGCAGCUGGACGGCUGCAGCCAGCCCUGGUGCAUGGACUGGCUGUGGCAGUGAUGGUGGCGGUCAUGGAUAACAUCAGUGGCUCACAUUUCAACCCUCCCUUCACUAUCGCCAUCUACCUGUGUGGAGGCAUAGACCUGAGGAUGGUGGGGCCCUACCUCGUCAGCCAGCUGAUUGGAGGAGUGCUGGGAGCUGGAAUGUCCAAGAUGAUGACCCCUGCACAACGCUACUUGAACGCCACAGGAGCAGCGUUUGAUAUCAUCAAGUCAGAAAGCCAGCUGUCUGGAGCCAUCUUUGGGGAGGUGGCCAUGACCUGCUUGAUCACUAUGGUGGUGCUGCUGGUGGCGGUCAACGGCAAAACGAAAACCCCGCUGGCUCCUUUCCUAGUGGGCUGUACUGUCAUCAUUAACAUCCUGGCAGGGGGUGAUGUAUCAGGAACGUGUCUGAACCCUGCCAGGGCUUUCGGUCCAGCUGUGAUGGCCAACUACUGGAGCUACCACUGGGUUUACUGGGUGGGGCCCAUAGGAGGAGGUCUGGUGGCCGCUGCUCUGCUCAGGCUCAUUCUCGGUGAUGAUAAAUUACGAGUCGUUAUGAAAUCAUAACAGGCUCUACUGUAUGUUUAUUGUCAUGCUGGCGACAAUAAACCUGUAAACAUUGUCUGUCUCGGCAGAUACUUUAGAUCAUGUCAUGUGGUCAGUUUUAUGCUUUUCUUUUCUUUUUUUGCUUCCAUGUCAAACUGUGUGAUCGCUGUGUGGAUUUUUCAGCCUGAAAUAAAGAUGAAAGCAUGUA